AUGACAAAACUCGAAGCAAUAGGAAUCCUGGGAAUCAGAUCAUUCAGCCCUGAUCAACCUACCUACUUAAAAUUCCUGCCUGGUUGCACGAUCUUUGUAGGACCUAAUGGAAGUGGAAAAACCACAAUCAUUGAAGCACUAAAAUACGUCUGUACCGGAGAAAUGCCACCUGGUAGUAAAAAUGGUGCUUUAAUUCACGAUUUAAAGGUAAUGAAACAAUUGAAAAUAAUUAUAAUAAUAAUGAAAGCAAUCAUUAUUUAA